AUGCCAGAAGAGAGUCUGAAGAGAUGCUUGGCAUCAAUGGAGACUUAUUGGGUUUUCCAAACAUAUCCGAUUGGAACAAGAGUACUAUUUGCGCAGGAGAAAAAAAGUAGAGACCUCAGGAAGUAUUGUCGGGAGGAACUCUUUCCUAACGUUGAAUUGUGUGUCACGUACCAGACCCUCACGUCACCAUAUGGAAUAUGCAUAGAAAAGCUCCAAAAUGGAACCAUCCCAAUUAAAUCGAGCAAACUUGAAUCCUUCGUCAACGACUUUACACUCUACGGACUAACCCAUAAAUGUCUCCUACUAAAAAACGACAAGGCCGAUCUUGAAAACAUUUUAAUUCAACACUGUGAUAAGGACGCCGGAGUUCACUUUGUGAAGUCUCUGGAGACUUUGAACAAAAGCUAUUCAUGUUGA